GUAGGUUAAGCAUGCAUACACAGCAAUACAGCGUCGUACAUGAGCCACUCCUGCCUCACAGCAUUCCUGCCACGCCAGCACUUGUAAAGUGAAGUUAACUUUACUACCAAAGGUUCACUCCCUAGAAGAUUGUGUAUGAUUCCCAUAACGAUACGCGUUCGCAAGUUUGCUCGGGGCGCUGCUUCCUUACGGACCCUGAAGAUGUGUUGUAUACGAUACACGACCUGACAAGGACAAGGAGGAUCUAUAGUUUGGCUCGGCUUAACCCGACAUGGACCAAACGCACUCCCACGAGCGCUCUUUCUUCGAAGGAGGAGGACUAGUGCCUCCUCCCGGAAGGCUUCAUAAAGUACUUAUAGUGGGUGCGGGUGUGGCGGGCCUCCAGACAGCUAGACAGUUCCUUAAGCUGGGAGCUCAGGUCCUCGUUCUAGAGGCGAACGACGAUGUGGGUGGCGUAUGGAUACGAAAUUACUUCGGAUUCGGCCUACAAGUCCCCUGGCGCAUGUACCAGUUCCCCGAGUACCCCUGGCCCAAGGACCUGCAGCCCACCAGCGAAUACCCAACAGGUCAGGAGGUGCAGGAGUACGUGCGCGCCUACUGUCGCGAGUACGACCUGCGCCGCUACGUGCGCUUCAACUGCAAGCUGCUGCGGCUGCGGUGGUGCCCGGGCAGCAGGCAGUGGGACGCGUUGUACUGCGACACGCUCAAGGAGAAGUUCUUCAAGGUCACGGUGGACUAUGCGGUGGUGUGUGCGGGCAUCUACAGCCAGCCGUACAUCCCUGACUAUGAGGGCACCGACUCCUACGCCGGCAUCCAGCUGCACGCCAAGGACUUUGCGGACCUCUCGCUCGCCCGCGGGCGCCGCGUUGUGAUCGUGGGUGCCGGCAAGACGGCUCUGGACUGCGUGGGCUCCAUCAUGGCCACCAACACCGCCACCAGCGUCACGCUGCUGUACCGGCAGGCGCACUGGCCGCUGCCGCGCCGCAUGCUGGGCACCAGUGUCCGGCGGCUGCUGUUCAACCGCGCCAUGACCUCCAUGAUGCCGCCCUACUACACGGCGGGGCGGGCGGCGGCGGGGGCCAGCAGGGCGCUGGCACCGCUGAGGAAGCUGUUCUGGAGGAGCAUGGAGUCCCUCAUCAGUCGCAAGUUCCGCAUCACGGAGCAGAUGCGCCCGCGCGUGCACCUGCCCACCGACCUCUUCUACGGCGGCCAGAUCCUGGACAACACCAUGGACAAGCUGGUGCGCAGCGAGGCGCUGCUCACGGUGAAGGGCGAGAUCAACCGCUUCGUGCGCAACGGGGUAAUCCUGCAGGACGGCAACUUCGUGGCCGCCGACCUGGUGCUGUACUGCACCGGCUACCUGAAGACGUACGAGUACCUGGAGGGCGACAUGCGCGCGCGGCUGGACCUGCAGAAGGACGGACUCUACCUCUACCGCAACUGCCUGCCCUACGCGGUGCCGCACCUGGCAUUCAUUGGCAGCGAGGUCAGCACCUACAACAACAUCCUCACAGACGGUCUGCAGGCUCUGUGGCUGGCGCACGUGCUGACGGGCCGGCUGCAGCUGCCGCCGCCUCCCGUGAUGGCGGAGGACGUGCGCGCGCAGCAGCGCUGGCGGCGCACUGUGAUGCCGGCGCAGCGGUCCCGUGGGUCGGUGCUGAUGCUCUACCAGAUGCAGUACCAUGACCAGCUUCUGGAGGACAUGGGCAUGCCUCCCCGCCGCAAGGGCCUCAACCUGCUGGCCGAGUGCUUCGGAGCCUACACCGCAUUCGACUACCGCACCAUCCUCACCGACGACGACACCGUGCUGGCAGCGCGGCGGGCGGCGGAGCAGCUGGCGGCGGCGGGGGUGCCGCAGGCAGUGCUGGCGGCCACGACAGCCGGGCGUGGGGGGGUCAUGGUGGAGGCGGCGGCGGCUACGCCUUCGGCGGCGGCCGCGACGGCUCCGCCGUCGCGACAUGGUACGGCACUUCAUGACGGAAGCGGCGGCGGCGGUUGCAUAUACGGCAGUACGACACGCCACCACCACGGUGGCGGCGGUGGCGCCAAUAAUACGAUUAGUGUACGGAGCUUGUUGGCUGGUAGCGAUGACCCGAGUGGGGAGAAGGUGAUGGGGGUGACUCGGUCGCCCUCGCCGUCACCGCUACCGGUCCGCGGCGGCAGCUUUGGCGGCAGCGGCGGCGGCGGCACGCAUGUGGGUGCUGCUGCCGCUGCUGCUGGUGCGCCACCCUCCGCCUCUAGUGCUGCUGUGGCGGCGGCGGCAGCGGGACUGCUGCUCGGACGGAAUUUGAGCCACAACGGCCGGUCCUUUGGGCACCAUACGAACCUGCCUUUCAGGAUUACGGAGGGGGACUUCGAGCCGCCGCUGCGGCAUCCACGUGUGCUGCGGAUGCUUCUGCCUCGUACGUUCCGCCCUCCUCGCCCUCGCGCCUCUCACGCCACACCGGGCCCUCGUCUCCGCUGCCGGAAGGAUCGCCUUCCGACGCGUCUCCUUAUUCUCCGCUGCAUCCGCGCACGCUGUCAGAAUCCCAGACACAAUCGACAUCGCACCCGCCGCCGCCGCAGCAGCAGCAGCAGUACGGGAUUGCUCGGCGGGAAUCGCUGGACUUCUCACAAGGGGCCAUGGCGUGCUGUGCUUCUCCUGCCGCCCCAUCCGCCGGUGCCUGCUGGCUUGAACAGCAACCCCACCAUUGCCAACAACAACAACAACAACAGCAGCGACAGCAACAAGUACAACACAUACAGCAUUCGCAGUCCAUGCCUCACCACUCGCAGUCGCAGUCUUCAGACAGCAGUCGACCAGCAGCACUGCUGUCGGCGGAGGCAGUACUGCGCAGCUUGGCGACGCCGCCUGGGUUAGCGCCCCGCUGCAUGAGCAAAAUCACGGACGGUGUUGCAACGGCUGCCAGCGGCGGCGGCGGCGAUGGCAGCACCAUCUCUGGCGGAAGUCAAGGGGCCGGUCGCGUCAGUGAUGGAGGCAAUGGCGGCGACAACAAGUGUGACUUGUACGGCACAUCAUGGUCAACUCGCUCGUCAAACGGGGGCGGCGGCGGCGCUGCCGCCGCCGCCGGUUCCGGUGGUGCCGCUAGCGGUGCUGCGGGUGGCGUCGCUAGCGGUGGCUUCGGCGUCUUGCAUGAGAGCAUGUCCACUGAAGCACGGGACGUUACCCUCUGCAUGUUUACGCAAUCGCAAUCCAGAUCGCGGCUGCGGGCGCCGUACCGAGUCGUUAGUAACACAGACGACGGCGCCGCCGACGGCAUUCCUGGGAUGGUUUUCCUCGGCAACGCAAGCUGCACGGGUAGCGGCAGCGGCAGUGGCGUCCUCGCCGCCGUCGCCAGCAAUGACGGCGACGCCGUUGCCUUCCGCCAAAGCUCACUAGCCGCGCCGCCGCCGCCGCCGUCGCCGUCACCGCCGCCGCCAGCGGCGACGGAAGACUCGCAUUCACACCCGCAUCCUCGCCCAUCUCGGCCGCUGGCGUCGCCGCCGCCGUCUCUGGGGACGACGCUACGCACUGCCUCUGCGCUUGUGGAAGCCCCUGCCGGACCCCUCAGCGGCUCACAUGUCAACAGCUACACCGUCGGUACUAGCGGCGGAAGUGACCCCGCCAUUACCACCACCACCUCCACCACCUCCACCACCACCUCUGCCACCUCUCCCAGCUCGCAAUGUCUAAGCGCGCGCGUCAGUCGGUGUUCCGACGGCAGCAACAACGCCGACGGAGUUGGGGUGGGCGAUUGCGGCAAGCCGGGAAUCGGCGGCGGCGGCCUGGCGUCACUGUCAGGUCGGGCUUUCAACACAGCCGUGGUACGGCAGUUCAUGACUCCGCCACCGCCGUCGCCGCCUGUUAAACCCGACGUUGACGCCGCCGCCGCCACCGCCUCGGAGCGUCGCAUGGAGGAAGUAGAGACCACGGCGCAAGAAGCCCGGCUGCAACUUACACCGGAACCCUCGCACCCAACACUGCUGCCCCAACCGACGGCGCCCCGACAACAGCAGCUUCAGGAACAGCAGCAGCAAGAGCCCCGACACCCUAACAGCGAGCCUAGCCCGCAUGCAUCCCAGCAGCAUGCAGGCAGCAGUGUUGUUGCCCCCUUGGGGCACCUGUCCGAGGAUGUUGGUGGCGUGGUUGCUGAUGAGCAAAGGCGUACAGCACCUGCUGCUGCUGCUGCUGCUCGAUUAGACGGAGCGGCGGCGGCGGGGCAUAAGACGGCACCGACACUGUCGUCGGCAGAAGGCAGCCACGCCUGCGUGAGCGCGGUGGCGAGGGUGGAGGAGGUGGAGGUGGCUGGUGCGGAGGCGGAGGAGGCGCGACGCACGUACGCCCGGCAGCUGCAGCAGCCCGACAGGGAUUCCCUUCAGAGACUACAUGGGGGGAGGCCUUUCGGCAUUGCGGAGGAAGAGGAGGAGGACAUGGAGUUGGAUGAGGACGAGAUCCACGUUCUGCUUGCUCGUUCCGAGACGCCCAGGGAGCCACUGUCAUCGGUGCGGGCGUCAACUGCUCCAGCUGCUGCUGCUGCGGCGGCGGCGGCGGCGGCGACGGCGGAGCAGCAGGAGGGGAUGAAAGAGGAGGUAGAAGACGCGGCGGACGACGCUGCGCAGUCCCCAGCGAGGCGCAGCACAAGCCCCGCCGCCGGCAGCGUCACGGCUCUGCAAGGGGACACAGCGUCUCAGGCCGUUUUCGACGGUCCCGACUGCGACGCCAACGCCGCCGGCAGUCGCGCCGCCAAGCCCUCCCGCCGCUCCUCUUCCGCCGCCAGCAUCGCCGCAGCGUCAGUGGAUUCCACUGCAACCACCAGGACCGCCGAUGCCACCUCCGCUGUCGGCGCGAAGCGUACAAACGACAGCGGCGGCGCCGUCGUCGCCGGCGCCAACGGCAAUCCACCUCGGCCCGAAUGGCGCCGUACCGCUAGCGCAGGCUACAGCGCCGACUACGUCCCUGUCGGCGCCGCCGCCGCCACCGCCGCCGCCGGCGGCGCCGCUUCCGCCGGACAGUGCUACCUCCCACACGGCGUUAGCGUUGGCGUGCUUAGCACCGACAGCAGCGGUGCCCUGUUACAAUCCUCCGUCGUCGAUUCCUGCAUCAGUCUCGCGGCCGGAAUGGGCGCCACGUCAUCCGGCGGCACGAGUAAUGCAGGCGGCCCCGGCCUGGUCGCGGGAAACAGCCCUGGGGCGGGCGUGACAGCUUCGGCGUCGGCUUCCGGCAUGGGCGGCAGCAGCAGCAGCGCCUCCCCUCGAACGUGGCUUCAGGAGCCCCAUCGGCAGGUGUCCCCGAUGCUGCUGCCGCUUCUGUCCAGAUCCCUCACCAGUGGCAGCUCGACGACGCUAGAUGGCUGGAUGAAGCGCGCGUCAACAACCUUAUCCCCAGCUGAUUCGCCGGUGCUACCGGCACAGGGGGCAGUUGGGACUGCGGCGGCGGCAGUAGCAGGGGCAGCCGCUGGAGCCUCAGCUGUCACGGGGCAGGGGCCUGCUGGGGCGGCGGCGGGAGGAGGGGCGGCCCGAUGGCUAGCGGCGCCGGCGGCGGGAGCAGCAGCAGCGCCGCCGCAGGGGUCUGCAGGGGCUGCAACGACGAACGGCAGCAGCAGCGGUAUCGGCGCUGGCAAGGUGUUGCAGCAGCGGGGGCUGCAGCAGCGGGGAGGACAGCAGCAGCAGCAGCAACAGGGGCAGCGGGGGAUCUAGGUAAGGCUGGUGGCGGGGAAAUAGCGCUUUAGCUUGGCGAACAGACCCGCGCGAGAAAAGGCUAGUAGCAGCAGCAGCAGGUCAAGAUGCCUUCAAAGUGACCCGUGGGUCCUUGGAUGAGGACUUUGGAGCAAAUUACAAGCAAGUGUUGUGCGGGGGGCAGGAAAGCACUGAUUGCCUGCCUGCCUGCCUGCCUGCCUGCAUGUGCUGGUUGUUGCUGAUUCCGUGUGAUGGACGACCACGAGGAUAGUUUCGAUGCUGAUGGUCUUAUGGUGAUGAUGUUAUUUGACGGUUGGACGCAAACGGCGGGGUUAAGGUGGUGACACGGGGCGCGCGGCGGUUCUCUGUUGCCCGUUGUGACGGUGGUUACGGAGGCGGAACGCAUGGGCUUUGCUGCUGCUUUCUUCUCACUACUUACCGCUGCCUUCCUGCAGUGUAUGCAUGCAUGGGAGGGGGGCGGAGGAGGGUGCUUGCGGACGCUUGGACGAUGUGCGUGUGGUUGUGUGUGCGAUGAUAUAUGUCGACGGAAGGAGAUCAGCGGAUUGGAGGAUUGCCCAACACAGAGGAAACGGGUGUAAGCGGGCUGGUAUUGCCAGUAGUACGGCGGGGCAUUCUGGAUGCGCCGUAGUCUUCCUAGAACCAUCAAUCUUUGUGUGACCGAAACUUAUGGGCAAUUCAGGCACACCCAUGGGGGUGGGGUGGGGCUCUUGCCAGUCAACUGAAUCGGUGUUUCCUUUGUUCAGGUUGGUGCUUUGACUUGCAGCACUGGUGGUUAUGUACCUUGAUGGUGGGUAGCGGUGAGUUGGAGGAAAAAAAAGUAACACAUAGAUCUACAAACAGUACACAACUGAUUUCCCAACAGGAGGUUACACCUCCUGCCGUAUCAUGGCCCCUCCAUGCGCUGUUUACUGAACCUGCCAUGGAGGGUCGUUAGGGUGCGUGUGGCGUGUGUGCGUGUUGCUGGGGCCUGAGCAACGAGCAUGCUGUUCGCCUGUUGCAGUUGCCCCUAGUCCCCAAUUGGUCACCUGUGUCCCCUUCUUUCGAGCACUGCUUUGCAGGGCCGGCAGGGCCCUCGCUUGGCUAGCUGUUUUCCUGAUACAAGGGUUUCAUUAAAGGGGCUUGACAGCAUUUGGUUUGCUUCGGUUUGGUAGGUGUCUGCGUGCCACGGGGUUUUAUGUGGGUGGCGGGGGAGUUGGUUCGCGGCAAGGAUGCUUGGAUGCCUUGCUGGAAUAUGGCUGUGCUUGUCAACUCGGCUGGGGAGGGUGUCUGUUGCAUGGAGGAAGGAGGAGAGGGUGGGCUACAACGGUGAAGGUGCACAACGUUUGGGGUUCAGAGCGAGGGCGGGCAGUUGUUGGACGCCGGCGUUGGAGCUCUGCUUGAAGCCUGAUAUGGCGACGGCGGCAGUUGGGGCUCAUUAACACGGGGUUUCGUACUGGUCGGGAGGAUGUUGUCUGUUGCCCAUUGGUUUGUUUGUUUGUUUAUUUGUCCCCUUGGUGUUGUGGUAUUGGGGAUACACAACAAUGCAUUAUAACCCGACGGAAUCAGAGGACUGAAUACCCUGUUGACAGGAACGGCAGGAGCGAAGCGAAGCGCAUGAGGUUAGGUUAGAUAGGGUGUGUGGUUGAAAAACCAACACGCCGCUAAACUGUGCGUGUGUGGUGAAGGGGCUGUGCGGCUCGGCGUUCAUUGAAAAACGAACGACAAGCGCUCCUCUUUGAGUAGAAUCAACUGGCCGCCGCAAUCCUGUAUGUGUGUGUGUGCGUUAAGAAAACUGGCCGCGAGGUGGAACGUACUGUGGUUUAAGAAAACUGGAUGUCAUGGUGGUUGUGCCUGGGGAUGCGCGUGUGUGAAACUGUGGAUCCAUCACUGGAUUGCGCCUGCGCCUGCGCGUAUGGAGGUGCAAACGUGCUCAGCUGGAAGGCACACAGUUGCUAAGGCCAAGCAAUUGUGUGUUGAGAAAACUGGCCGCGAGUCGGAACGUACUGCAAUUGUGUGCGCCUGUAUGUGGGUGUGGGUGUGGGCGUAAUGGACAGCAGGGGAGGAUAAGGCGUUGGCGCCCGCUACCUUUGGGCCUGUCGUCAGACGCCUUCGCGCCCACGCCGCCCACAUGCGCUGAAUGUAUUGGUACCGCGCCUGACAGUGCCGCUUGUACACCCACACAGCCUGACGGUGUUUGCUGAUUGGGGUGCGGGACUGGCGGUGGUGUUGCUGGAGGAUUGCGUCGGCUCUGUGGUUUCUUUCUGUGGUUUUCACACUUGCGGCUGCAUGGCAGCACCAAUCCGUGUAGCAGCACGGCCGGAGGGCAUUGCGUGCGACGUUAUACAGUUAGCGCUAGCGGUUAGUUGUAACGCCUGCUCCGGGGCAGGAGCAGCUUGGACGUUGCCUUUGGUUGGUUCAUGCAUGUUGGUGGUGGAUUUAAAUACACAAACUGUCGACGUAAUUAUAGCAACAAUGACAUGAGCUUAUGGUGGUGGUGAAGAUGAUUGGGGCGUUGCAGGACACGUUGGCACCAGAGGGACGAGGGAUGGAGAGGACUGAAAAGGAGAGCCUUCAUGCGCGCAUGCAGGUACGCAACGGCAGCUGCACACAAAGCACGUGUCAUACUGUGUGUCUUCUGGCGUUGCUUGGAGGUCUAAACCCUUACUAGGAAUGACCGUGUUGUGCUGAAUUGUGCUGCGCUGCCCUUUUCGCUGGCGCCAUUUGCGACGUCUUCUGUCGUCAGUCGCAUGCCGCUUACACAAAUAGCACAACCUGGGUCGAAGCAGCUAAUGUGGAUCUGGUCUUGUGCUGUUUGGAUUUGGAUUGCGAUACGUGCUCUGAGAAUCCAACGCAACCAUGUUUGAAAGGUUUGCUCAGUUCCGGCAUUGGCCGGUUCCGUCCUCCUCGUCCUCUUUGACUCUUCACGCCGGUGUGUGCUGCAACACAUGCAACACAUGGUUUGCCGCGUGUCCUGGUUGCCUGCCCGCUGGCAGCAAGUGCCCCCCUCUGCCGCCCUCUUGAGUGUGUAUGGUGUCCUCAUGGGGUGCUGAUUUUGGCAGACCGGGGGAGGCCUGCAAAGCGGGAAUUUUUAAGUUCACUCGCUGCCAUAUUUAGUUUGAUACUGCACACUGUCUUUUGUUUGUUCGUUUGUUUCUUUGCACGCCGGCCGGCCGGGGAAGCCGGCCGGGAGUUUCAGGUUUAGGGGACUUCGCAUACACCGGUAUGGGCUUUGUGUGGGGCGUGCGUUGGUGGGGGUUGGCUUCAUGCGUUUGGUGUCAUGAAUUUCGCAAUAAGAAAACAUGACACUCCGCCGCGUACGUGAAGUUGUGUGUGUCGGUUGCGUCGUCGGUUACACUAUGUAUAGCUCGGAUGGUUGGAUGAUGUUUUCGGUUGCGGUUGGUGGCUAUGUAGUUUUGGUAAAAAAAGAUUGAAGAGGUUGUGUAAGAUGGGAUAUAUACACGCUACGCGCUCCGACGCUGCAGAAGAAGGGCGGGAAUUGUGUACGACCAGGUCCACACGAGGAAUCAAGCUUGGGUGCUGUUUUUGGGGUUAAAAGGGCGGCAAGGAGGUGUUUGUGAGUCCUGAGAUCCUGGAUAUAUAUAGUCGCUGGUGUGAUGCCGGACAUCCUCUUUGGCCUUUAACAAGACAGGCAGUUCGCAUGUUAUAUGUUUUGGAACUGCUGGGAUGACGAGGCAAUGAACAAGACGGUGAUAUAUCCUAUUAAUGUGCUUGUUGGAGGGAAUCGUUUUCCUUUCCUGGAAUGCGGAAAAGGUCUUUGGCUGCUGUUGUGGUGCUUUGGUUUCGGAGUGUUCAUGUUGUUAGGGUUUUCGCCUUUUGCGCCGACAUGCAAGACAAAAGCCCUAGCAAGGCGACCUACUGAUGGAUUUGAUUAACGAAUCUAGAAGAAGAGCUGUAAGAAGGAAUAAAGCGUUAGCCAAUCGUUGUAUGUGGGGCCUUCUGCUGCGAUGCACUAGACAGGCUAGAUUGGGUGAGAUGGUGGUGAUUCCUUAUGUCCCUCGUAUGUCCUCCUGCGGUCCCUUCUCCUUCCCUGCUGCUGCGUAGGAUACUGCAGUUGUGAAUGCUACAAUUAUGCUAUAUCGCUGUGUUGUAUCCUGUCGCUGUAACCAUAACGAUGAACGACGCCACAAGCCUUCGAUGCCCAUUCGAAACCGAG